GUUCAGUGUGUUCAUUUUAAACAAUGUUUUUGCGACAUUUAAUAAGAAAAUCUAUUCAGUUAAAUAUUCAGAAAUAUAAUUUUUCUCAAAUACCUCAACCAAAAAAAGGAUUUUUAAAUGAUCUGGUGGAUUCAAUUAGAGAUGAAUUGGCUAAAAAUAAGGAAAUGAAGGAAACUUUAAAGAAAUUCAGGGAGGAAUCUCGAAGAUUGGAAAAUUCAGAAUCUUUACAACAAGUUAGGCAAAAAUAUCAAAAGCUUGAAAAAGAUACAUUGAAUAGCUCUAAUCACUUAAAGUAUCAUUUGGAGACAUUACGAGAUAAAAUUCAAGAAAGUUUUGAAGAAGCACAAAAAUCAGAUUUCACCAAAAAAGCAAUUGAACUGUCUGAAGAGAUAACUAAGCAAGUCAAGGGAGCAGCUGAUACAGCCUCCAAGGCUGGAAAAACCUUGGGUUCCACUGAGGCCUAUAAAGCCAUAUCAGAUAGUGUAAAAAUGAUUAAAGAAGAAAUAGACGAUCAAACCUCAAUGCACAGCAUGUAUUAUCGACCCUUAGCCAAAUUACGUAAACGGAAAGAAUACUCGGAACAUUUAAAUGACUUCUCCAACAAAAUUUUUGAUCCUAAUAAAGAUGCCACCGACAUGGUAAUGCAUAAAGAUUCAAAAUGGUACCAAAGUUGGCAAAAUUGGAAGGACAAUAAUCCCUAUAUAAAUAAAAUUUUUGACCUCAAAACCAAGUACGAUGAAAGUGACAGUGUUGUAGUGCGUGCUUCUCGUUUUGUGACUGACAAAAUAUAUGAUGUCUUUGGGGGUAUUUUUAGCAAAACUGAAUUGUCUGAAGUGUUAACCGAAAUUACAAAAUUAGAUCAUUCUUUCGAUAAAAAUGCGUUUUUAGAGGAAUGUCGGAGAGAUAUCGUACCCAACAUAUUAGAAGCGAUGCUUAGAGGAGAUCUUGAUAUAUUGCGAGAUUGGUGCCAUGAAGCACCCUUCAAUAUACUUAGUCAGCCCUUGAAACAAGCCAAAGCAUUGGGCUAUAAAUUCGAUUCGAAACUCAUCGACAUUUCACCCAUCGAAAUAAAUUCGGGAAAAAUACUCGAACAAGGCCCCGUACUUGUCUUAAAUUUUAACACCCAACAAAUUAUGUGCAUACGAGACGCUUUGGGGAAAGUCAUAGAAGGAAGCCCCGAUAAAAUAAUGAGAAUGCAAUAUGUAUGGAUAUUAUGCAAAGAUGUUUCCGAGAUGGAUCCUAAGGCGUCCUGGAAACUUCUGGAUCUUUCUAUUCAGGCUUAUAACCAAUGGACUUAAAAUAUAUUUGUAUUAUAUUAUACAUAUUUUUAUUUUAUUCAAGCUUAUAACGAAUGGACAUAAAAUAUUUUGUAUUAUAUUAUACAACUUUUUAUUUUAAUUAUAUAAAUCGAAUUGUGAUAUGUAU